ACUCCCGCGAAGGACUGACUGAAAGUGUAGUUUUGACGAAUUUUGGACUAUUUUCUUCAUCAGAAAUCUCCUUUCUCAAUGAUUUAAAGACAAUCGGUUUUGGUAGGUAAAGGCUACAGCAAUGCAGACUCYGCCACUAGACUUAGCCAAAAGUUCUCCAAGAUCAAAAUCACCUCCAGAUGGCCACCCUUACCUAUUUUCGGACAUAGCCCAUAGUAAAGCAUUCCUUGGUAACUUAUCUAAUCUUCGUCAGCAUGAGGAGUUUUGUGACAUGGUUCUGGUUGUAGGAAAUAGUAGUAUAACAACACAUAAAGURGUUUUAGCAUCUUGUAGUCCAUACUUCAGAGCAAUGUUUACAGGUGGUUUGCUGGAAAGCCGUCAAAGUACAGUAACUCUACAAGAGUUGGAUGAUUCAGCCAUGGAAUCAAUGGUAGAUUUCUUCUACUCAGGCAAAAUAGAAAUCACUGAACAAAAUGUACAAGAUAUUUUACACAUAGCCUGCUUACUACAAGUCCAGUCAGUCCAGAAAGCUUGCUGYGAGUUCCUUAAAAGACARCUUAGUCCUGAGAACUGUAUUGGUAUAUGUGCACUAGCUGAUGCCCAUUCAUGUAAUGAUCUUUUGGCCAAGUCAGAAGAAUAUGCCAGAAAUCAYUUUAUCGAAGUAGUCCAAGGUGAGGAGUUCAUGGAGAUGUCCUUCAGACAGCUGGCAAGAUUAGUAAAAGAGGAUGAACUCAGUGUUCAUUCAGAAGAAAGAGUCUUUGAGGCGGUCAUGGCUUGGGUGAAAUAUGAUACAGAUGGAAGGCAGGAAUAUGCUGCUGAAGUGUUGAAACAUGUACGAUUCCCAUUGUUGUCUGCUGAGUUUCUAAUGGAUAGAGUAGCAUCUGAAGAAUUGAUAAGAAACAAUAGACUAUGCAGUGACCUACUAUUUGAAGCAACUGCUUGUCUCCUUUUACCGCGACGCAAGUCUCAAAUCCAAACAGAACGCAUWCAACCAAGACGUCCGAUAUCUGUCAAUCAYGUCAUGUAUGCCAUAGGAGGGAUGAGCCGACGRGAGGCCAGUAAAAGUGGUGAAAAAUAUGACCCCAAGGAAGGAAAAUGGAAACCUAUUGGUGAUAUGAGUAUCUGUCGAUGGGGUGCCGCAGUYGGCGCUUUAGGACCAUAUUURUACAUAUGUGGAGGUAGUGACGACGCUUCCCGACUCGAGACAGUUGAACGAUUUGAUCCAUUCGCUAAUUUAUGGGUACCUUCUGUUCCUAUGGCAACGAGUCGUAAUGGAGUAGGCGUGGCAUCAGGCAAUGGAAGAAUAUAUGCCAUAGGUGGAUUUGAUGGAUCAAUGCCACUGAACACAGCUGAGUAUUACGACCCCAAGACCGGUCGAUGGACAGAAAUCGCUCGUAUGAACCAGUGCCGAUUUGGUGUUGGUUGUGCCAUAUUAGACAACCAUAUUUAUGCUGUAGGGGGAUCAGAUGGUACUAACUUGAAAUCAGUUGAGAGAUACGACCCUGAGACAAAUAAAUGGACCUUUGUGGCUUCCAUGAGUACAGCAAGGAAACAAGUUGGCGUGGCAGCCUUUGGAGGGUACAUGUACGCUAUUGGUGGCUGCGACCAUGGUAAACGAUAUGAAACUGUGGAACGCUACGACCCAUCAAAGAAUGAAUGGYUAGACGUCUCGCCCAUGAGUACACCCCGUAGUGGGUGUGGUGUGGGUGUACUUGAUGGGUUCUUGUAUGUAGUGGGUGGAUAUGAUGGAACGAUGUAUUUGCAGUCAGUGGAAAGAUACGACCCMCUGACGAACCAAUGGCACCAAGCCCCAUCAUUAAGCCAACCUCGUGACUGUGUUGCUGUUUGUGUUGCAAGUAGUAAACGAACUUCUUCAUCAAAUAAGAGACUUUUCGAUCAUCGAAGCUCMUCGCCAUCUUCGAACCACGUACAUUCAAGUUGACGUCAUUUAUAAAAGAAAAUAACUUAUCUAAAUAUACAUGAAAUGUAUAAAUGRCGGCGAAAUUAGGACGUGGCUCUCUGGUUUGUGCCGGCUCAAGUAUUKCGUUAUUGUUUGGAAUAUUUACGAGUUUUGCAUCUGCAAUCUUUUGCAAUGGCAGAAAAGAAAGAGCGCUUCAAUUUUGACUUURGUAGAAUAUUGUGCAAACGACAAGACUCUUAGAGAUAUCACGAGUCAUCAAAAACCCUUGAAAAGAAUAUAUACAAGAGUUGGACAAUGGAAUUGUAUAAAAACAAUCGUACUAUAAAAUGCACUUCAGUUUCACGGUUUUAGGAAACUUGAAACGAAUUUGUGGAUCGUGGACAGUGCUUGAAUGGACUCUCUUAACUCUUGCAUGGACGCUAUUAUUGCCAGCAAUUACUCCUUAUCAACAAAGACUAAAAUGUUUUUAAAGCUAUUUCGAGAAUAUUCGGCCUUAGCUGCGGGAAUUUGAACUGAAUUCAUUAUAUUUUAACCAUAUUUGAUGUAAUUUUGGUUAUAGCUCUUUAUACAACGAUGUUAGUUUGUGUUCAAACAGCGAGCAAGUAUUGGGAUAAUGCACAAUUAUUUGCGUACGUGGAAAAAUGRUUCAUGAUCUUGUAUCCUGAUUUACUGUAAACUUCGACGUUUAAACAGAAAUAUCCAGCACAACUGGACGUUAAUUUAAUUUAUAGUCAAAAUGAAUGAAAAAAUAUGUAUUAUAAAUCUUUCUGUAAAGGAAGCAAGCAUGUUUAAUAUUUAAAUAUAUCGUUAAAAUUUAGUACAAUUUCAAAAUAAAUUCYUGCAAAUUUGUGGUAGAAUCAUCAUGAUGAU